AGUCUGGGUGUUAGUCUUCACACUGAUGUGACUGUUGGUGAGGAGCUUGCAGCUGAUAGCAGAGUUUUUUGUAUUGUUUUGAUGGGUGCUAGUACAAAGAAAGAGGGGAUCUUUUCACCCCAUCUACCAUCAUCUGGGGGGUGAACUGUCUUUCUGAGGAUUGUAAAAAAACCUCAAAUGUGUGCAAAUUACAUUAUUCUGGAAAAAUAAUUACUUGAAGUCAGCAGGUCUUUGCUGCUUUUAAUCUCCUAGGUUUUAAGAAAGGUGUCUGCUGGGUUCUGCCUUGUUGUCUCUCAGAAUGAGUGCUCCCUUCAUCUACUUACUCUCUUCUCAUGUUCAACAUCCAAUAAAGUCAAAAGAUCUAUAGUCUGCUGAAGGCCCUGGCUUAGCCAGGACAGUGCUAAUAUUCUGCUUGCUUUGAUCAUGUGGAAAGCUCAUGUUUAACAGGAAGUGAGUAGCUUAGUGGAUCAUCAGUAAUUUUCUAUUAAAGAUCAAAAAAGGGCCUUUAUUUAAUAAUUAAUGCCAGCUUUGUGUUGUUGGCUCCAAAUUGUUUGAACAAAAAAUACCUUAUUGGUAUAGUUUAAAUUCUGACACACUGGAGCUUGGACAGUAUUGUUAUUGGCUCUGUAUUUAGUUUAGGAGGUAGUGGCAGAAGGAGAAAAAGAUACAGCAAGAAAAUAAUAAAUCUGAGUCUGAUACAUGGUUUGGUGAGUCUGCAGAGGAGGUGAAUUGGCUGUCUCAACUGUAUUAUAACAAAUCGUGUUUGGAUAGACAGUAAGAAAUGGUAUGUGGUAAAUAAGUUGUGACAUGCUCCUCUUUGUUUAUUCUCUAAAAGACUAGGAGCUUCUUUCUCUCGUCUUGGUUUGAUAGGCAGUGGCUUAACAGAAUUAAGUAGAAUAAUGCAGUCAGGAUUUGGGUAAAGCUUGUGUUUUACUUUCUGAAAAUAAGGACUGUGGGAGGUAGCAUGCUGAGUCACUUGCUAAGGCAUUGCCUGGGAAAGCGUAAGAGGACACAAAAAGGCUGAGAUAUCCUUGGCUUAAGUUUUGACAGAAAGAUGCAAGAUAGAUUUUCAAGUGACAGUUUGUUUAUUCACUUUUUGGAUGGCGAGGCACCUGAGGGCAGAGACAACUUUGCACUAGUAAUAAAUACUUAUAUCUAGUUCCUUGUUCUCCCAAGUGAAAAGGGGUGGGUGUGUUUAAUACAUGUGGUUUUUUUUCCUCUCUUGACAGGCUAUGACUUUUGCUUUUUAUUAUAAGCUAGUGGUUAAUACACUUCUUUCCUUUUUCCUUGUUGCCUUGUAUAAUUUCUGCCCUGAACCAUCAAGCACCAGGCUCUGUGGAGACAUUUCCUCAUGAUGACCUUUGUAAACAGAGAGGGGAGGAGACAACUAAAGGACUCUUUUUUUUUUUCUUUUCUUUCUUUUCUUUCUUUUUUUUCUUUUUUUUUUCCUUUUUUUUUUUUUCUUUUCCCCUUUGUGUGUUAUCCCAUGAAAGCUGGAUUUCAUUUCUGUAUCUCAUGUGAAAUCCAAAUAAAUAGUAUCUAGAUAAGCAUAUUUCCUGCCAGGGCUUGUGCAUAGUCCUGGAAAGCGUUAGUGGUACUUUCUUUGUGCCUAAAAGGCAUGAGGGCAGAUAUCAUAGGCUUGAGAGAUGUCUGAGCACCCAAAUUGUACCAGGUUAUCUGCUCUCUCCUCUUCACAGGGAGGAAAGCAUGCCAGAGACCUGCUGGGAACGAGGCAGUUUGAUACCAGUGCUUCCGUUUGCAGCUUCUCAUGCCAAAAGGCCUGUUGGGGCACCCACAAGAUCCUGUUCAGCCUCUGGUUCGUACAUUAGACCUGCAGGUUCAGCCUGACUUUUGAACCACCGUGUCAAAUGAUGAUGCAAAAGCACAAAAGGAGAAGAGAAGUUGAUUGAAUCUCUGUAUGGCAGAGGACUCAGUGUUGGACUUUGCCUUGCCAGCCCGCUGUUGCCAUGGACAUGCCAGCCUUCAUACUUGCUGGACUCCUUGUGCAUUGUGUGUUCUUGCUCUCCAUUUUUGACAUCUACUUCAGCUCUCCCCUGGUGCAUGGUAUGACUCCUCAGCAGACUCCACUGCCACCUCCAGCAAAACGUCUUGUCCUCUUUGUUGCUGACGGUCUGCGCGCGGAUUCGCUGUAUGAAUUGAACAGCAACAAUACACCCCAAGCACCUUACCUGCGGGGUAUUCUAGAGAGUAACGGCAGCUGGGGAAUCUCUCACACUCGGGUCCCUACAGAAUCCAGGCCAGGGCAUGUUGCGCUUAUAGCUGGAUUUUAUGAAGAUGUCAGCGCGGUUGCUAAAGGAUGGAAGGAAAAUCCAGUGGAAUUUGACUCUGUUUUCAACGAAAGUAAAUAUACUUGGAGCUGGGGAAGCCCAGAUAUUUUGCCAAUGUUUGCUAAAGGUGCUACUGGAGAUCACGUUUAUACAUUUUGCUAUGGGGCAGAAAAUGAAGACUUUGGAUCACAAGAUGCAGCGAAGCUUGACACAUGGGUUUUUGAUCAUGUUAAGAGCUUCUUCAAUUCUUCCAGAAGUAAUCAAACAUUGUUCUCUGCACUGAAUGAGGACAAAGUAGUUCUGUUCCUGCAUUUGCUGGGCAUAGACACAAAUGGACAUGCUCAUCGGCCAAACUCAAGGGAAUACAAGGAUAAUAUUAAAAAAGUUGACAAGGGUGUACAAGAAAUUGUGUCACUGAUUGAAAAUUUCUAUGGAAACGAUGGAAAAACUGCAUUUAUUUUGACUUCUGACCAUGGAAUGACAGAUUGGGGAUCCCAUGGAGCUGGUCAUCCCUCAGAAACUUUAACACCGCUGAUUGUUUGGGGUGCUGGGGUGAAUUAUCCACAGAAAGUAACAUCCCAAUUCUUUGAAGACAGUUUUUUGAAAGAAUGGAAACUGGAGAACUUGAAGAGGCUGGAUGUCAAUCAGGCUGAUAUAGCACCACUGAUGGCUUCCCUUAUCGGUGUGCCUUUCCCCGUGAAUUCCGUGGGAACUCUACCUCUUGAAUAUCUGAACAAUAGUGCUCAUUUCAAAGCAGAGAGCAUAUUUACCAACGCUGUUCAGAUUCUCGAGCAAUUUAAGGUUAAGAUGAGUCAGAAAAAGGAAACGACAUUGUCAUUUCUGUUCACACCAUUCAAACCACUUUCUGAUUCUGAACAGAUCCACUUUUUAAAGAAAACAAGACUAUAUAUUCAGCAGCAGAAGUACAAUGAAGCGAUAUGUCUGUGCAAAAACCUGAUAAACCUUGCUUUGGAAGGCUUGUCUUAUUACCAUACUUACGACAGAUUAUUCCUGGGUCUAAGUAUUGCACUGAGUUUUGUGGGCUGGACAACUUAUGUGAUUUUGGUGAUUAUCAAGACCCACACCAAUUUGACGAAGGCUGUUCAGACUAAUAAGGAACCUGCUGUUCUCUUCUACAGUUUUGCCUUUGUUGGACUGGUAAUAGGUUUUUUCCUGUUGAUUCAAACUUGUCCUUGGACGUACUACAUAUACUGUCUCUUGCCAGUACCAGUAUGGUAUGCAGUUGUGAGAGAAAUUCCUGUUAUUCAAGACCUCGCAGCAAAUCUCUUGUCACUUCCUAUCCAUCAGUCUGUAGGGUUCUUGUUGGUUUGUACACUGGGAAUUGAAAUACUAGUCUUCAGCUUUUUCUACCGCUCUACUCUAACCAUUGGUCUUCUUGUCUUUGCUGGCUGGCCAGUGAUCACACAGCUGUGGGUUCAAGCAAAGACAACAACAUUGAUCUGGACUCUUCUGUGUGUGCUCCUGGCAAUAUUUCCUUUAAUGCCUGUUGUAGGAAGAGAACCAAAUAUUCCUCUGGUAAUAGCAGCUGGUUUACUGACUCUUCUGAUCUCUUGCUUCUCACUGGCAUCUCUUUGUAAAAGUGAAAAUAAGUACAGAAAUAAAGAAGAUCUGAAAGUACUUUUGUAUCAGAUGUUGAGUAUUGCACUUUCGACAUAUGUUGUGAACAGUACCCACGACAGUCUUAAGAAUAAACAGGGAUUGCCUGUAUUGAAUCAAAUUAUUAGCUGGAUAACUCUAGUUUCUUCCUUGAUGUUGCCAUUACUGAGCCCCACGUUCCUCUUUCAACGACUGUUCAGCAUAUUGCUCUCCCUGAUGUCCACCUACCUGCUCCUCAGCACAGGGUAUGAAGCUCUGUUUCCACUGGUGCUGUCUGGUUUGAUGUUUGUGUGGAUAAAUAUGGAACAAGAAGCAUUGCAGUACUAUGGUCUUUCACUCAAAUCAAAGCUUGCUGUUUUCAACUUCACCUGUGCUACUGAUAUAACUCAGUUUCGACAGCUGCACCUGGAUGACAUCCGCAGGUCUUUCUUCUUUGUUUUUUUCAUAGUGACAGCCUUUUUUGGCACUGGAAACAUAGCUUCUGUUAACAGUUUUGAUCCUGCUUCUGUCUACUGCUUCUUGACUGUGUUCAGUCCUUUCAUGAUGGGAGGCUUGCUUGUGUUGAAGGUUGUAAUCCCAUUUGUUCUGGUGUCAUGUGCUUUUGAAGCUGUGCAAGUCACAACGCAACUGUCUUCUAAGAGCCUUUUCCUCAUUGUUCUUGUGAUUUCAGACAUCAUGGCUUUGCAUUUUUUCUUUUUGGUUAAAGAUCAUGGAAGCUGGCUGGAUAUUGGAACAAGCAUUAGCCACUAUGUGCUGGUGAUGUCAUUGACCAUAUUUAUGAUGCUGAUGAAUGGACUGGCCCAGCUGCUAACUACAAAGAGAUUUGAACUUCCCAGAAGGACUAAGCACCAUUCCAUGUGAUAAAGCAAUAAAUCUUCCUGCCUUGUUCCCAUCCUCAGGCUUCUUCUGAACCAACAUCCACCUCUGGAAUGUAAACACAAGUUAAUGGACUAGAGUGCCAAAAUCCCAUCCAGGAAUUAGAGCACUCUGCUGAUACAGGUUAAAUGCUGUCCUGUGACUGAAAUUUGCAUUUAGAGAUUGCCAUUUUUACUUUACUGGGGCUAAAAAAGCCUCAGUUUUAUUCUUCAAGUGUACAAAUUUCUUCAAAAUAAAAAGGACUUUGUUGCUGUUUUUAAAAGAA